UAUGCUUGACCUCUAAGCAAAAACUAAUAAAGAAAUUUGGCAAGCUAAAAAAUUGUUGUAUGAAAGUGAUGGGGACACUAAAAAAAGCUUGAUUAUUAAUUUAGUUGCUUUGGUAUAUUAAAUAAAUUGAUCUUAAGGGUUUAUUAUGUAUUUUGCUUUUUUACAGUAUUGUGGGGUCAGAUGAUAAAUGGACUUGUGAAAUCGAAUCUGCUAACAAUAGUAUUCUUAAUCAUCUAUAUAUUAACAGGAGGCCAUUAUAUUUGUGUUGAAAUGAGAAGAACAAUGAAUUGUAAAACUAUUAGUGGACCAAUAAGAUCUGAAAUAUUUUUAAAGGUUAAGAAAGAUUUACAAGCAAGUGCUAUAGUAAUUUAUUAUUUAUAUUAAAGAUUGAAUGCCCAUGGGAAAUUGCUAUUUCAGAAAUUAGAUUGUGCUUCAUUUUAUUAUCAAUAAGUAGUUCACUCAUUGGGAUUUAUGCAUUAAGAAAGACUAAUAAAAAGUAUGCAGAACUAAGUUUUUAAGUAGGGAUAUCAUUUGCAAUACUUUUAGUAUUUAAUAUAUUAAUAAUUUAGUUAAUAUCUGCAUAUUUCGAUUAUGUUUCAAUUAGAACUUCUUAAAUAAAUAACUAUAAUUUAUGUAAUUUACAGGAAGAAUUUUAGAUUGAAGAAAAAAUGAAAGUAAUGAUUUGAUUUAUUAUAAUAUUAGGGAUAAAUGGAAUGUUCUUUUUCAUUUUAUAAUUUUACUGUAAUAUUAGAAAUAGCAUGUUCUGUUGCAAUGAUCAUAAACUCUAUUUACAUAAAUCAAUGGAGAUAUAAACAGAUUACAGAACUCAAUGAUUAGUUGUGAU